CAAAUCGAAAGAAGACAGCACAGAAGGCAUAUAGAGAGUAGAGAGAGAUAGAGAAUGAGCAAGCCAGAGAGAGAGGCUUCCUUCAUCGGCAAAACAUAAAAAAAGGGCGAAGUUUUCUCAGCAACCCACCACCACCAGCACAGUCGAAGAAGAAGACACCACACGGUGGCGCCUGCUCUCCGGCGAAUCGGACAAAGAGGACAAAGCAAAACCCCGAAAUUCACAAUCAUCGCUGACAAUUCUCCAGGUGUUUAUGAGAGUUUGUAAAUGAGAGGUGAGGGGAAUCAGAAUCAUCAGGAGGGAGACGAGUACGAGGACGAGGAAUUGGUGGCGGUGGGUUCCAGAAAUGAUGGACCUUCUUCCAAUAUCUCUACAGCUAACAGCAACAGAACUAACAAUAACAGAGCAGAUGGGAAGAACAGUGACAAGGCUAGUGCUGUGAGAUCUAAACAUUCUGUGACAGAGCAGCGACGGAGGAGCAAGAUCAAUGAUAGGUUUCAGAUACUCAGAGAACUUAUUCCUCAAUGUGAUCAGAAGAGAGAUACGGCUUCCUUUCUAUUAGAGGUGAUUGAAUAUGUCCGAUACUUGCAAGAAAAGGUGCAAAAGUAUGAAGGUUCCUACCAGGGGUUGAGUACUGAGCCGACAAAGUUGAUGCCAUGGGUAAAGCUCUAAGCUUUUUCUGUACAGAGCUCACCUGAAUGUUUCUGCCCACCACCCCAUUUCAGACACUAUACGUUUCUGAUGUUGACUGCUUGCCUUGGCUGCCAUAACAUGUUACGCUGUUAUGUGUCAUUUUACGGAUUUUUUGGCUCGUGGUAUGUGGGCUACCACCACAAUGCUGGUGUGCUCAAUCAUGCACAUUGGUUCUUUUGUCUCUAUGGAUGUCUGGUCUUGUGUGUGCAAAUUUGCUCAUGGAACAUACUUGAGAAAUCAAGAAAAAAGGACAUCUUAAUAUUGGCAUGCUUUAAUAUCCCAAUAAUGGAUACUUCCUGAUUCUGAUUGAACUUCUUUUUAUUCCCCCUACCCUCCCCCUUCUGUUAGUCAUGUGAUGUGUUCACUCCACCUGCUUAGGAUUCCCUUCAAUAAGAGUGAGAAGAUUGACACCUGCUGGUACUCCUUGAAACAGAGAAAUAGUCAUUGGCGUGUUCAAAGUUUUGAAGGUCAUCCACAAGCCAUAAAUAAUGGUUCUGGUUUAGGACCGGUGUUUCCCAGGAAAUUUGAUGAGAAUAACAUUGCUGUUUCCCCCACCAUGCUUGCAAGUGCACAGAAUACUCCUAUGGAACCUGAUCCAUCACAAGAUGCAGCAUGCAACAAAGCCAUGGAUCAGCACCAACCUGACCUAACAAACAAGGGCUUCUCUCUUCCCACCAGGCGCUUGCAAACAACUAUCCCUCUUCAACAAGCAUACUCAGAUCCACAAUCAGUCGAGUGUGGUGUGACUGGAGAUUCGCUGAACCAGGCGGAAGAACUGAGUAUUGAAGGAGGGACAAUCAGCAUCUCCAGUGCCUACUCUGAAGGGUUGCUGAAUGCCUUGACACAAGCUCUACAGACUGCAGGAAUAGAUCUCUCACAAGCAAACAUUUCAGUGCAAAUCGAUCUUGGGAAACGAAGCAACAGAGGGUUGACUUCUGGGACAUCAGCUAAUAAGGAUAUUCAGAACCCUGUUGCCAACCAUCAAUCCACAAUUCAUUUGAGGGAUGUAACUAGUGAAAGAGACUCUGACCACUUCCUGAAGCGCCUGAAAACUUAGUCUUUGCUAGGGUUACUUUUUCUACUGUCCUUUUUUACCCUUUGUAAUGCUUUUUUUUUCCUUUCAUUUUCUUGGUUCUACUGGGAUCAUGGUGAUUCAUUUUAAGGCCUAUUAGGUUAUAUAAAUAUAUUUUUGCUUGUUCCAUGGU